UUUUGAAGCCACGGCAAUGUGGAGAGCUUUCAAAGAAUUCGUUUAUUGAGAAUCCUUUUUGUUUUUUUCAUUUUAAUAACAAUUUUGUCAGAUUGAUGAUUUGAAAAACAAACUAGCGCAGUCUGAAAGCCUUCAGCGCAGCUUGAAUCGGCAGGUGGAAGAGCUGAAACAAGAAAAUGCUAAGUUACGGGAACAGAUUACUGCUGGAGAACGUCAAGAGCAAGAAACUGCAGAGGAGAACAAGAAACUACGUGGAGGACUAACAGAUGCGUUGAGGAAAAUAGACCAAUACAAGAAAGAGGCAGAGUCUGCGAAGGAAAAAUGCCAAGAAAUGACUGAACAGCUGGAGAAAAAUGAGGACUGCAUCACAAAGUUAGAAGAUGAAGUGAUCAGCUUGGAAGAAAGACUGGAAGAAAAAGACAAGCUCGAGGCUUACUUGCAGUCACAGAUAAAAGCCAAAGACAUGCCAAAACUUAGCAGAAGAAGUACUUUGUUGCGAACACCUACCGAAAGCUCAAUUGAGAUUAUCGACCCAGUGGUAGUUGAAGAGCUUGAAAAUGAAAGAACGAGUCUACUGAAAGAACUGGAGGAGAAAAGGAAAGAACUGAAUUCUCGCAAAAUGAUGCCACCUCCCGUUCCAAAGGGUCAUCGUCUGCAGCCUUCAGCUCCCUACACCAACACAAUUUCCCGAAAACCCUUGGCCAAGGUGCAGUCCAAAUCCAUCGCAGACAUCCGCUGCACCUCUGUGCAACAAAGCAGAGUUGGCACUUUGGGAACGUCAACCUCACAAACUGCCACAAUGAGGCAUGAAAUCCCCCAUAGGUGA